AUGAAAUCUGAUCCAACGUCUUACAUGUCAACACCACAACUUAUUACUUUACAUGGGAGGCGAGUGGAAUCGCAUAUUGUCUUAACUGAAGAUGGGUAUUUUUUAACUUUACAUCGAGUAAUGACACCACAUGUUCAAAGUGUUUCGGAGCUUGGAAACAAAACAGUACUGUUACAUCAUGGACUACUCGGCAGUUCUGCUGAUUGGAUUUUACUUGGACCAAAAAAAUCUUUACCAUAUCUUCUCUCUAACCUUGGCUACGACGUGUGGAUGGCAAAUGCAAGAGGUAACAUUUAUUCACGUGGACAUGUUUCGAAAGAUACCAAUUCAUCAGAUUUUUGGAGGUUCUCUUGGCAAGAAAUGGGACAGUAUGAUCUACCAGCAAUUAUUCAUUAUAUUAGAUUAGUUAAAAAUACUAGCGACCCUAUAAGUUACGUAGGACAUUCUAUGGGAGCUACCGCUCUUCUUGUCUUGUUAUCAACGGAACCCAUUUUUAAUUCCUACCUCAGUAUUGGAAUUUUGCUGGCACCACUUGCAUUUAUGGUAAAUAGCCAGGGGCCACUAAGAAUGUUUAGCCCAGUUGCUUCUCGACCACCACCAUUGCUUUUGCAAGUUGUGGGUGACGGAGAAUUUAUGCCUUCAAAGGAAACACCAGAUUGGUUGGCAUUUCGACAUUGCACUGGUCCUCAAAUAUUUUGUAAAAAUCCACUACUAUAUCUUACUGGCGGGAUACUUCAAGAACAAUUUUGGGAUGAAGGCCUGAAGAAUAGAGUACUGAAUCAUGUUCCAGCUGGUGGUUCAACUUACACUAUUCUACAUUAUGCUCAAAUUGCUAAAAAUGGGAAAUUUCAUAAGUUUGGCGACGUCGUCGCCGAGUUUCCUUUAAAUAGAAUAAGUUUACCAAUAGCCUUAAUAAGUUCUAGCGACGAUUGGUUGGCUACUGUACCAGAUGUUAAAAGGCUAUAUUUCGGUCUUUCGAAUCCUAUUGAUCAUCAUGUCGUAAGGAAUAAUAAUUUAAGUCAUACAGAAUUCGUGUGGGGACCAGGUGCUGAUGUUUUGGUAUUCAGAAAAGUUAUUGAUUAUCUUCAAAAUGGAUUAAGUUUGAGCGUGAUCAAGUUAAAUGUAGUUUAA